AAAAUGGAAAAGAUCUAAGACUCUAAUUAAAACCAAAUCCACGGUCCAUAUAACAUGAACAUAUCCCAAUAACUUCCAAAACCGCACUCUUGGCGCGUUUCAACCACGUCCGUUCAUUUUAACCACCAGAAACAAACAAAGAACAAAACAACAAACACAAAAGUUUCACUUUCAGUUUCAGUACCACCAAUGUCACUCGCCAGAACCUCGAAGAACUCUCUUUAUAUAUAUUGCUAAAAUACCCCUCAAUUUCUUAAAAUACACUCUUCUAGAUCCCUCUCUUCAUACUUUACAUUAUUAUUCUCAUUCUUUCAUUCUUUCUUCAUUCAUUCAUUGUUCAUUUCACCAAACAAUGAGUGUGUAAACACAAAAUUUUGACCUAUUCUUUUCUUCAUUCAAGAUUUUCAAUUUUCUUUAUUUUUUUCUAUUAUCAUCAUUGAAAAAUCUCUUGUAUUGAAACCAUGAUUCACCUUGCAAUUUCAUCUUCAUCACAAACUAACCAAUUUAUGUUUAUGAACAAACCAAGUUUACACAAACAUUUGAAAUCAUCCAUAAUAAAAUGUUCUCAACAUCACAACAAUUCUAGAAACUUCAUUGAAAAACAAGAAACUACAUUCAUGGUUGACACACAUCAAAGAUUUGUUGUAAGAGAGACCAAGAAGAAGAAGGAAGAGGAAAAGGGUGUUUUGUAUGAGAAAGAGGAGAAGAAGAUUAAGGGUACAAAUUCUUCAACAAAUGUUUCUCAAAUUGGAAGUAAACAAAUGCUUAUAUUGUGUGGAUUUGGUUAUUGGUUACAAGGGUUUAGAUGUUUUCCUUGGCUUGCUCUUAAUUUUCAUAUGGCUAGUAAUCUCAAUUUGGAUCCUUCAAUAUUGCAACUUGUUCAGUAUUCUGCUAAUCUUCCUAUGGUGGCUAAACCACUUCAUGGAAUCCUUUCUGAUGUUAUCUAUAUUGGUGGUGCUCAUAGAAUCCCUUACAUUGUCAUUGGAGUUCUUUUGCAGAUCUUUGCUUGGAACUAUCUAGCAUUUGUCCCUGCUGCACGUGAAGUGCUUACCAUCUUAGUUGCAGCCGUGCUUCUCAGUAACUUGGGAGCAUCCAUUACUGAAGUAGCAAAGGAUGCUCUUGUUGCCGAGUACGGAAAGAAACAAAAAAUUGGCGGCCUACAAUCAUAUGCGUUCAUGGCAUUAGCCGCAGGUGGAAUCUUAGGCAACAUGAUCGGUGGUUAUUUUCUACUGAAACUGCCUCCAAGAAUCAUGUUCAUUAUAUUCUCAUCUUUACUAUCUCUUCAACUAGCGAUUUCUUUCUCAACAAGAGAGGAUUCUUUAGGCAUACCACAACCAUCAAGCGAAAAUCUUGCAACAAAAUCCAUCUCAGAAAAUAUCCGAAAACAAGCUUCGGAUCUUUUCACAGCUAUCAGUGACAAAAGUAUUUCUCGCCCCCUUUUAUGGAUUGUUGGAUCAAUUGCCAUGGUUCCAAUGCUUACAGGCUCCGUAUUUUGCUAUCAGACACAGUGUCUAAAUCUUGAUCCUAUGAUCAUCGGUUGGUCUCGAGUGAUUGGCCAGUUGAUGCUUUUUUCAGGAACUGUACUUUAUAACCGAUUUUGGAAAAAGUUUCCGAUGAGAAACCUGAUAGGUGCGGUGCAGAUUCUAUAUGCUUCGUCUCUACUUCUUGAUCUCGUUUUGGUUCAACAGAUAAAUCUUAAAUUCGGAAUUCCAAAUGAGGUGUUUGCUCCUUGCUUUUCCGGUUUGGCGGAAGUCCUAGCGCAGUUUAAACUCCUUCCUUUCUCGGUUCUGUUUGCAUCUUUAUGUCCAAAGGGUUGCGAAGGAUCUCUCACCUCUUUCCUUGCAUCAGCUUUGAUCCUAUCGUCAAUAGUUAGCGGCUUUCUUGGUGUUGGAUUGGCCUCUUUGCUCGGCAUUACAUCCGGUAAUUACUCAGGCUUGACAGUUGGAAUCCUCAUACAGUUUGUCGCAGCUUUAUUGCCUUUAAAAUGGAUUAGUUCGGUACCUAUGUCACAGCCUGAUUCGGAGAAGCAGAAGAGAAAAAGCAUGAGCAGAAGAGCGCGUAGAAAUAGAAGAGUUGGAAAAGUUGUGAUUGGUUCAAUUAAUGCUUAUAGGCGUGAAAGGGAAUGGGAAUCACAGCGGUAAAAAUGAUCAAUUAUUACCUUUGUAGUUUUAAUGAUCAUGCAAGGAUGAUUGGUGCUUAACAUCUUUCGAAAAAUGAUUCCUUACUUCAUCAUUAAAUCACACGGAAUGACUUAUCCUUUGAAGCUUAAGGAUUUUUUUGGCUCCAUUUUGGAUUCUUAACAUGAGGCCAACACCUUGUGAAUUGUCAAAGGUGGUCGAGAAAGAGAAUGCUAACAAGUGUCUUUAGGGCAUUGGUUAAGAAAUCAAAAGAGGUACUAAGCUUGUAUAGGAAAACAAUGUACAUUAUAUUGACAAGUGUUUAACUUGUAUUUUCGAGACAAAUUUUCGCUUAUAUGAUUUCCUUAACCAAUGCUUUUAUGACACUCAUCGGCAAGACUUUUUUGAGAAUAGGAUGGUCCUUUUUUGUAUAUUUUCGUAGUUAUUUGGAUUUUAACAUUCUAUCUCUCAAUGCUUCCAUUGAUAUGUACUAUAGUUUACCUUGGCAAUUUGUUUUCAUGUCCAUAACAACAAUAACCAAAGGUUAACUAAUCUCGAUUACUCGUCUCACAUUUGAUAUGAUUUUGAGUUUAUUCGCGCCAUUUGAUUGAAUAAGCAUAAGUCAAUUAAAAUCUUA